CCCCCCCCCCCCCCCGCACGCGGGCACUCUUGCUUUCACCCUCCCUUGUCCAGUUGCAAUAUUCAUCAGCAGCCAGAUUAUCAAGGCGAUCUGAGCAUUUGUAUGAGCGCGUUUCUCUCUCUCCUUCUCUCUCUCUCUCUCUCUCUAACCAGCAGGGGUGGGGGGGAAAAGAGAGAGGGGGACUCAGUUUCAUCGCCUUUGCAACUGAGGUCCCAGGAUUCUUGAGCUGUGCCCAGCUGACAAGCUUUUGAAGAUGGCACAAUAACUGUUCAGUGAUGCCUGACCAUGACAGCACAGCCCUCUUAAGUAGGCAGACCAAGAGAAGAAGAGUUGACAUUGGAGUGAAAAGGACGGUAGGGACAGCAUCUGCAUUUUUUGCAAAGGCGAGAGCAUCGUUUUUUAGUGCCAUGAAUCCCCAAGGCUCUGAGCAGGAUGUUGAGUAUUCAGUGGUGCAGCAUGCAGAUGGGGAGAAGUCAAAUGUGCUCCGCAAGCUGCUGAAGAGGGCAAACUCAUAUGAAGAUGCCAUGAUGCCUUUUCCAGGAGCAACUAUAAUUUCCCAGCUGUUGAAAAAUAACAUGAACAAAAAUGGUGGCACCGAGCCCAGUUUUCAAGCUAGUGGCCUCUCCAGCACAGGCUCAGAAGUACAUCAGGAGGAUGUGUGCAGCAACUCUUCAAGAGACAGCCCCCAAGAGUGUCUUUCUCCAUUUGGCAGACCCACUAUGAGCCAGUUUGAUAUGGAUCGGUUAUGCGACGAGCACCUGAGAGCUAAGCGUGCCCGGGUUGAGAAUAUCAUUCGAGGGAUGAGCCAUUCCCCAAGUGUGGCAUUAAGGGGCAAUGAAAAUGAAAGAGAGAUGGCUCCACAGUCUGUGAGUCCCCGAGAAAGUUACAGAGAAAAUAAGCGCAAGCAAAAGCUGCCUCAACAGCAGCAACAGAGUUUCCAGCAGCUGGUUUCAGCUAGGAAAGAACAGAAGCGAGAGGAGCGCAGACAGCUGAAACAGCAGCUGGAGGACAUGCAGAAACAGCUGCGCCAGCUUCAGGAAAAGUUCUACCAAAUCUAUGACAGCACAGAUUCUGAAAAUGACGAAGAUGCUGGUAACCUAUCUGAAGACAGCCUGCAUUCAGAAACACUGGAUGCCAGGGCAAGAGAUUCUGUGGGUAGGUCGGAUAAUGAAAUGUGUGAAUUGGACCCGGGGCAGUUUAUUGAUCGUGCACGAGCUCUGAUUAGAGAACAGGAGAUAGCUGAGAACAAACCCAGAAAAGAUGGCCCCAAAGAAAAAGAUCAUGGGCCCAACUCUUUUCAGCCAGAAGGCAAGCACUUAGCUGAGACGCUGAAGCAGGAACUGAACACUGCCAUGUCUCAGGUUGUGGACACUGUGGUCAAGAUUUUCUCUUCAAAACCUGUCCGUCAACUUCCUCAGGUCUUCCCACCUCUUCAGAUCCCCCAAGCAAGAUUUGCUGUCAAUGGGGAGAACCACAACUUCCACACAGCAAACCAGCGCCUCCAGUGCUUUGGGGACAUCAUCAUUCCAAGCCCACUAGACACCUUUGGGAAUGUGCCACUGCCUAAUUCCACAGACCAAACAGAAGCACUGCCCCUAGUUGUCCGCAAAAAUUCAUCAGACCAGCCUGCCUCUGCCCCACCUCCUGGUAGCCAUCAUGCUGCUCUCCAUCAGUCUCCACUGUCUGCCACCACAGGGUUCACUUCAUCUUCGUUCCGCCAUCCCUUUCCUCUGCCCCUUAUGGCGUACCCAUUUCAGAACCCCUUAGGGGCUCCUUCUGCCUCCUUCCCUGGGAAAGACAGAGCCUCCCCAGAAUCCUUAGAUUUAACAAGAGAGACCACAAGUCUGAGGACCAAGAUGUCAUCACAUCAUAUGAACCAUCACCCUUGUUCACCAGCACACCCUCCUAGCACUGCAGAAAGCCUCUCAAUAUCUCUCAUCAAGUCUGAGUGUGGUGACCUUCAAGAUAUUUCCGAAAUCUCACCUUAUUCUGGGAGUGCCAUGCAGGAAGGUUUGUCACCUAACCACUUAAAAAAGGCCAAGCUCAUGUUCUUUUAUACUCGGUACCCAAGUUCCAAUAUGCUGAAAACCUACUUCUCAGAUGUAAAGCAUCAUUCAUCCAGAAGAAGCCCAAAGUGCUUUACAAACAGCCAAUAUAGGGAUCAUUCACCCACCACAGAAAGGCAACCGCUUCCGUGGUGGAAGGCUACAGCCAUUCGGGGUCAGCAACAUCACACACCAGUAGAUUUCAACAGAUGUAUUACUUCUCAGCUCAUCAAGUGGUUUAGCAAUUUCCGUGAGUUCUACUACAUUCAGAUGGAGAAGUAUGCACGUCAAGCCAUCAAUGAUGGUGUAACAAGCACUGAAGAGCUGUCUAUAACCAGAGACUGUGAGCUGUACAGAGCCCUCAACAUGCACUACAAUAAAGCAAAUGACUUUGAGCAGGUUCCAGAGAGAUUCCUGGAAGUGGCUCAGAUCACAUUACGAGAGUUUUUCAAUGCCAUUAUCGCAGGCAAAGAUGUUGAUCCUUCCUGGAAGAAGGCCAUAUACAAGGUCAUCUGUAAGCUGGACAGUGAAGUUCCUGAGAUUUUCAAAUCCCCAAACUGCCUCCAAGAGCUUCUCCAUGAGUAGAGAUUUUCAACCACUAUUUAUGAAUGUAUUAAAAAAAGUAGCAGACUCUCCCUUUUUUAUGCCCAAGCUGUGUGUGAGUGUGUGUGUAUGUGUUUCUAUAUUAAUUUCAUAUAUGAAAUCAGAUCAGAAUCCCUUGUGAUUUCUUAUAAAUUUAGGUCAGUAAUAAGUGUAUAAUUAUUUUAACUCCAGCCUUUGUUUUACUUUUGCCGGUGACUUUUAACAUUUGGGGAAAAAACAGUAUUGGGGCAUUUUCUUCCCCUCCCUGUCCCUUUUCUUACCCCUUGAGAAGAAGAAUGUUUUGAAGUGUGUACAAGCCUCUAUCUAUAUCUACUGUAUCUAUCUAUCUAUCUAUCUAUCUAUCUAUCUAUCUAUCUAUCUAUCUAUCUAUCUAUCUAUCUAUCUAUCUAUCUAUCUUACUAUAUAUUACUCAUUACAAGGUGGUCUUUUUUCCCAAAUAGGCUAACGUCAUGGUAAACUCCUUCAGAAAGUGAUGGCCCUUUGUCUGUAUUAAGCUCUUAACUCUAUGAGGGGUUUUCACAUCUACGUUUUCUAAGUUUUUAGUUCAAUUGCUUAAUGAAGGAAGUGGACUUUUUGUGUUACACCAUAGAAGACAUAUAAAUGCCUCUUUUCCUUGCUCAAUUGAGAGCAAAAGACAUCAUCUACACCAAGCCUUAUGGCUUUCCUUUUACAAAAAUGAUGUAUGCCCUCAUUCUGGUGUCUUUUAUGCUAUUACAAGUAUGUGUUUCAGCUCCUUGAGUCCUCCUGUAAUGAUUAUUGGGAGAAUUACCUACCUACUAUUUCUCUGUUAGGAAGUUUGGGAAAGCAAUAGUAGUGGGAAGUUCUCUCAGAAGACACCAGAGUUGAAAGCAUAUUCUGUUCUGUUUCAUAUUGGGCUCACCACGUUUUAGAGAGGGCUGGAUCCAUACUAAAGGAGACUGCGAGAUGGGACUGGAUGAAUCCAAAAUUCCAGAGCUGGAAUGCCCUUAUUUUUUUGGUGCUUGCCUCAGCUAUAUUUAUCUAGCUAUGUUCCCCCUUCUCCUUUCAAGCAAGGCAAUACUGUGCAAAACAAAUGAAGGCAAGAUAACUUGUAGUUUGGCAAAUACACUUUCAUGAUAUGGUCAGCUUCUUAAAACAAUAGCAUUUCACUCUCCAUAGAGAAAAAAAAAAGUUUGCUGUAUGAUCUUUGGCCAUAGUGGAGCAUUUUAAAUUGUUUUAUUGGUCAUGGGAUAAAUAUUUCCUAUCAAAAUCAGUAGAACCCAAAAGCAGCAAUCCCAUGCACAUACAUUUGGGGAUUAAGUCCAGAACUGUUUUCUAAACAGAUGUUUAUAGGAUGCCUAUGAUGAUUGCUUAAUGUUUUAUUUUGGCUGAAUUGUGCCCUUUUACUUGAUCACAUUGAAUAGUUGGGUCUGGGCCAUCUUCUAAAUAGCAUUUGAUACAAAUGUAUUCUUCUCCUUCUUCUCUGAAAUCCUUAGGUGAUGUAUAUAUUUGAUAUUUCAUAUUUUUACCUGAAA